GACGUCUGCUGUCGUAAACAACGUCAAGAUGUCUGAAUCACCAGCUUAUGGCUUAGCCUGAAAGAUAAAGGCUUAGUUUUGUUUUUGGUUUACUUUUGCUUUCGUUUCGUUUGGUGACUUGGACGUUGUAUUAGAUGGGGACCAAAAGCUUAUCAUGAAACUCCGGGUGCAGAAUGACAGGAGUGAUUCCAGAAGAGCACUGAAACUGAGGGAGUCUCCUACUGUAAUGCAGCCUAAUUCGAGUGAGCAGGGUGCUCAUGCAGGAAAUGGUUUAUCCCUAACUCUGCAACCAGAGCUUCUCACCAGGACACCAGCCCCAGGUGGUGCUGCUGCUGCUGCUGCUGCCACCACCGCCAACCCUGACAGCAAUGAGGUGCGAGUACCUAUGAACGGCGGGAAUGGGGAGUCCAGUGGAGGCGCAUCAUCCAGGAGGUGCAGAGUCAACUCCCACAGCCACUCCCAUUCUCAGUCGCACGGACAUAAUCGGGUACAGCACCACUUGAAUUCGGAGCCUGAGCUUGACCCACCUGACUCUGAUACGGACUCUGGAGAGCCCAGCACCUCCUUGUCAGAGCUUCGCUGUCUUUUCCGUUGGCUCCAAAAGAGCCUUCCUUUCCUCAUCAUACUGUGUGCUAAGCUGGUCAUCCAACAUGCACUCGGUCUAGCAGUUGGGGUUGGCCUCUUCACGACGUUUCUGUAUGUGAAUAAAAACAUCCAAACUCAAGUCUUUCUUCAGGAUCGUCAGUCAAAGCUGCAGUGUGUAUGGCUGCUAGUGUUCCUGAUCUCUUCUGUUCUCCUGCUUUACUACACCUUCCUCACCGAUACCCUUUACAAUUGCCUAAUCUUCAUCAGCCCAACCAUUGAGUCAUUUGGUUUCUGGGAGGUUCUAUGGGCUGUCGGCGUCACCAAUUUCAUAAUAAAGUUCCUCUCCAUGGGGAUUAAGUGCCUUAUUCUGCUGAUGCCAUCUUCGCUGGUGACCUACAGAACCCAGGGGCGGUGGCUGAUGCUGACUGAGGAGCUGAGUCAGGUCCACCAGACCAUGGCUCCUGUUCCACUGUGGUUCCGCUACCUGGUCACAUACCAGGAGGCUGACGGCACCCCUGGCCUCACGUUAGGGGUCCUGCUGGCUUUGCUCUACCUCAUACUGAAGCUUUUAGGAUUGUAUGCACAGUGGACACCUUUACUGAAAACUGUGAGAAUAUUUCUAAAGGGCGAGCAUACAGGCACAGCAGCCAGUAGGAGUCAGUGCAGCGAGGCUGGAGACGUGUGCCCCAUCUGUCAGGGAGAGUACAGGGAGCCUCGGGCUCUACUCUGUCAGCACAUAUUCUGUGAUGAAUGCAUCGCCCUGUGGUUUAACCGAGAGAAGAGCUGCCCUCUCUGCCGCACUGUGAUCACAGAGAAGGUCUACAAAUGGAGGGAUGGAGCCACAUCUCCACACCUGCAGAUUUAUUGAUUUAUAAGGCACAGGCGGGGAGCUUUUGGGUGUAAAGAUUUGGUAUUGGGUUUGUAUUUAAUGUGAUUAUUCUAUGGCUGUCAAACUCCACUGACAAGUAAUGUUGUACACUGUUUCAUAAAUCAGCUUAGUGCUGUGCCUCCUGCUGGCUGAGGUCAGUAAGGGCACACAACUUGCGCCUGCAGUAGGCAUGUUUCUGACUUAUUUACCAGUACAUCCCUACUUGUGUCUUCAGACAAACAUUGAUUUUAUUCAUGCCCCCAAGUGUUUUGUGAUGUUUCUAUUUUUAAGUUGUUUCCUCAUGUGUUGUAUUGCUUUUAUUCACCUUUUAAUCUUAAUAUCAACCUUCCUUGUGGGGCAGCAAAUUGUCCAGUUUGUUUUCCUUGUAAAUAUGGGAGCAUCAGAGAAAUAUAUAGAAAAGUAUUUUAAACAGAUUUUUCUUACAUUAUACAUUUGAAUAAACAUGCAACACAUGAUCCCGUUCUUAUCCAGUGUUUUUAAAUUUGUAGAAGCAACUUCUCUGAUUUGUAACAAUAAAUGUGGAGAGGUAAGCAGCUGAAGACCUCUGCUCAGGAGAAAAGUGAGACUGGAGGGCUCACAACUAACAUACUGCAAAGACUUUUAGGAAGCCCUGUACACCGUAACAUCACACGGUGCUGGUAUGACCAGAACUUUGCCAGCCUGCAAAGGUCUGCCUACAGGCACUGAGAACGAACUUUUUUUGUGACUAUUUUUUUCACAACUGCUGAGAAGGCUGCAACUGAGCUUCUGAGAUUGAUUUACACAGAAAUUAUUUUUCUAUAGAGGUGACCGCCUCAUUUUUUUAAAAACCAAAGACAGGGAGAAAUGUCUAUUUUAUUAUGUAUGAAAAUCAUUUCACUGUUAUUUUUAUCCAUUUAGGUCCAUAAACUAUCUGAAUAAAGAUCUACAUUUGAAUGA